UGCAUUCCGAGUGAUUGCACAAUCGUGAUUAAAAAAAAAAGGACGAAUGCACGAUAUUGUCCGUUGCGGCAGUACCGAUAGAUCGCUUCGCGCACAAAGGAACUGUAUAAUGUACUAUGUCAUAAAUAACUCAAGCGAUAAGCCGCUCUUCGAUUUUCACUAUCUCGUACUGUUCGUGAUCUCUUCACGAUCACUAGAUCAUGACGAUACCAACGAUUACGAUUCGCCCGAUAAUCACCAGUCGCGACUAGCGUGGUCCGAUGGUACAAGUAACUUUACGCACUCCACAACUGCUACGUAUACACUGGAAAUCUUUGCGUUAAGUCACAAUUUACAAACUUGUUCCAUUACAACGUAGAAGAAGCAAGGAAAUAUGUAAAUCGCCUAAUUAAAUUCGAUAGCUUCAAACUGGAUGAAGACACAUGUCCUACGCGCGAGAAACGUGUUUUGACACUUUGCGCAAUUCUGAAUAACAUUUUCACCGCUAAACAACUGGAAGCGAUCCAAGUUCCCAAUCGGACUCUGAGUUUAUAUUUACAAGUUGCACAUUUUUAUUUUUACUCUCGCCUUUCGUUGAAACAUUCGUUUACGCGUCGACCGAGCAUAUUUUUUCUUAAAUCUGUAUUUUGUAGAAAGAUACAGAGAUCUCUCUCUCUCUCUUUUUUAGCUAUUUCACAACUAGGCACGUGGUUUACUUUUCAAAAAUUUGUUUAUCGGAAACAAUAUAGAAAUCCGAUCUCCCAAGAAGACUUCAACGAUUCACGAGUCCUUUAAUCGCC